AAGGGUUUGUAUAAUUUCCCAAGUGAAACAUGUCAGGAAUCUUCAAUCUCCGGUCGACAAUGGGGGCCCUAGCCUUCGUCGCCGUGUUGACAUGCUCCCUGAUGGUCGCUCUGUCUCAGAAUGAGGACGUGGAAAGUUGUGUACCGGUGGCGCAGGAGCUAUCACCAUGUUUGGGAUUCAUCAAAGGCAGCGACAGCGCAUUUGGUGGUGAACAUCCAUCGCCGUCGUGCUGCAGUGGCGUUAAAAAGUUGGUGGGCGAUGCUAAAACGAAGAAAGAUAAGGUUGAUCUGUGCGAAUGCAUCAAGAAGAGUUUGUCGAUGAUCGGACCUUAUGAUCCGAGUCGCAUCCCUUUGAUUCCAAAAGAAUGUGGAAUUCCCGUCCAAAUUCCUCCCAUCGACAAUUCUACUGACUGCUCAAAGGUUGAGGGGUUGCAAUUUGGAAGUGCUUUUUUAUAUAAGCUUGGGGAUAUCCAUCACCAUUGAGCCCAAUCAACAUAAACUAAGCAAAUCCCAUAUGAUGUUUUUGAGUUUCUUCAUGUUUCAAAAAAUAAGCUUGGCAAUGUCAUCUCAAUAAUCCUAACAUUACAUGCUCAUAAUACUCUUAUAUCUAUCAUCAAUAA